CCUGCUCUGGUCACAGAACAGAACGGAUCUGAAAUUAUUUCACAUUUAUUAGUUUUAAUUUUCAAAGCUGGCUUUGUUGCGCACGUUUUGCAAGCAGGCCAAAAUGUCGUCGUUGCCUCGUGUUUUCUUCGACAUUAAUGCAGGCGGGGAGAAGCUGGGUCGUAUCGUAAUGGAGUUGCGCUCGGACGUCGUUCCAAAGACCGCCGAGAACUUUCGCGCUUUGUGCACCGGAGAGAAGGGCUACGGCUACAAGGGCUCUCCUUUCCAUCGGGUUAUACCAAAUUUCAUGUGUCAAGGCGGAGACUUUACCAAUCAGAAUGGCACUGGAGGACGCUCCAUCUAUGGCCACAAAUUCCCGGAUGAAAACUUUCAGCUGAAGCACUCGGGCCCCGGCACCUUGUCGAUGGCCAAUGCCGGCCCCAAUACAAAUGGCUCGCAGUUCUUUAUUUGCACUGAGAAAACCACCUGGUUGGAUAACAAACACGUUGUCUUUGGCAAAGUGGUUGAGGGCAUGGAUGUCAUUCGUAAGGUUGAAUCGCUGGGCUCGAACUCUGGCGCCACAACCAAGAAAGUGUUAAUUGAAGACUGUGGCAGCUUGUAAAGUCAAAAACUCAAGUGGUUCAAUGUUAUUUUUUCCAGUACGUAGAUUAUUAGAGGCAGCUGUAGUUCGAUUUCAUUGA